AUGUCUGCGCCGACAAGUUACUACGCCAUGCGGCCCGCAUUUGAGCUGCAGCUGGGCACGCCGCUGCUGGAGGGGCUGGCGGCGAUUGGCCGCUUUGAUGGAAGGACGCCGUCGCUUGUGUGUGCGACGGCGACGCAGCAGCUCGUGAUCCACACAAGUGAGAGCCACGAAACGGUGUCGCAGAGGGGCAGCGGCGCGGCACAGAGCAGUGUGGCGCCGCUGCGGACGCUGAGCUUUGGUAAGACGCCCACUGCGUUGGCGGUGGGUCGUGUGCAGGACACCGCCGAUAGAAAAGCCGCGGAUGCCCUUUACUUUGGCUCGGCCACCUCACUGCUUGCCUACGAUGUAGAGCGGAAUAGCGAAUACUUUUACAAGAACAUGGAGGACGGGGUCCACGCGAUGACGUGGGGCGUGGUGAACACGGUGAAAGGGUCCGGCGGCGGUGGGAAUUCGUUGCCGCUGGUUAUCGUGGGAGGCAUCUGCACAAUCAACGGAUUUGACGAGAGUGGGACGGAGAUGCUGUGGACUGUGACGGGCGACCAGGUCACGGCCUUGGCGCUUGUGCCGUGGAGGGCCAACGACAAACACACCGCCGGUGCCCCCUCUUCGUUGGUAGCGGCCUCGGAGGACUUUGAGUUGCGCGUGUUCGACGGCGAGGUGACCGUCGCGAGCAUCAUGGAGGUGGACAAGGUGCACCAGAUCGUGUACAGCGGGGUGCCGGGGCGAUUUGCUUACUUGUCCGCCAAUGGUGGCAUUGGCGUGUAUGACCGGACCGAGCGCGUUUGGCGUGCCAAGGGGAGGCAUCGCCCGGUUUCCGCCGCAUUCUGUGAUGUGGACUUUGACGGCGUGCCCGAGCUUGUCGUGGGGUGGAGCAGCGGUCGGGUGGAGGUGCGUGGCGACGAUGCAGAGAAGCGGGGGGUGUUGUUUAGGGACACGUACGCCUCCCCCGUCGCCGCGGUGCUUGCGGACGACUACCGGCAGAAUGGGCAGCCGCUGCCUGUCAUCUGCACGCUGGACGGGACCGUCCGUGGCCUGCAGCUGGCGAACAGGGAGGGGGCGGAGCGGGAGGAGGUGGUGCGAAGUCAGGGGGCGUUCAGGCUGGAUGCGCUGCUGCGGGAAAGGCAGGCGCUGGCCGCCGAGCUGGCCGUGGUGGAGGAGCAGCUGGCGCGGCAGCGCAGCGGCGACACGGACGUGACGUUGCCGCAGGUGGGCACGGAGGUGCGGCACAAGCUGCUUCCCAACCAAACGACGGGGAGGCUGGACCUCGUCCUCACGGUGCUCCACGGCCAGCACGACACCAUUAUUCAGGGCUGCAUCCUCCACAGCGAGACGCUCUUCCCCGGCAAGGAGUACGCCUUCUUCACCGCAGAGAACCCCUCAGCGACGCUUGUGUGCCCGGUGAACGUUGAGCGCUGCGUGGAGGCGCGUGUGACGGCCUCCGUGAUGGUUGGGGCCACGAGCGCCGAGAGCUACCAAAUCCACGAGCUCGCUCUAGACAUCCCCAAGUUUGUCAUGUACCAGCGGCGGGACGAGGACCUGGCGACGUCGUGCAACGAGGCACCGGCGGGGUACGUCACGCUGCAGCUGCCGCAUGGGUUUUCCUUCGCGCGACUGGGAAAAUGGCUAGCGGAGGCGUUUUCGCUUCCAGGCGUCCCAGCAACAGACGGUGCCUUUCGGCUGACGUUCCUCGACAUGCGGAGUAGCAGAGCGCUGGUGAUUCGAGGGAACGCGGAGGAGCGUGAGCUGCAGAUUUGCGGGGAGUCCAUGGAGGUGUGUGGCGCGGUGGUCGAGAGCCUGGGCGCCGCGACGGUGGAGGAGGCCACGGCGGUGUGCCACUUCCCUGCCGAGCUGCGGGCGCUUGAGGAGACCAUUCAGUGCGUGGACGAGUUCAACGCGGUCCGGGUGAAGCUGAGCAGCAGCAUGGCGGACGCCGCCGCAAGCGUGAAGCCGCUCCUUCUGCAUGCAGAGGACGCCCGGCUGUUGUCGGACCUCCCCAACAUGCGGCGCCUCUACGCGCAGCUGUACGACCUCAACAAGGAGCUCGUUGCGGAGAACCUGAAGCGGUGCAACAACUACGGCGAGUUGAAGGCGGCCCUGAAGCAAAUCAAUGCGUACAUCAUGAGGGCGGGGAGACUACGCAUUGGGCAGGCCAAGACUCGUCUCAUUGCGGAUUGCCGCGAUGCCGUAAAGGCCGGGGAUACCCGCGCGCUGCUCAACCUCAUACGCAUCGGCCAGAACUGA